UCUUUUGAACUUUUUCUGUUUAUUAUUAAAGUGCUUUUCACAUUAAGAACAUACCUUUUCAGCUUAUGAUUUUCUCUUUUGAAAUAUUUGUUUUUAGGCUGUAAUAGUCUCUUGAGUUCUUUUUAUUCAGAAUCUGGUAAAGGUAAAGCAGUGUCCUUUAUUGUCAGAGCUGACACUGAUUUUUGAAUGGUGCCAAGCUGGCUGGUCAAAGGGAUCAGUUCUCUAAUAUUUGCUGCUCAUUCAUGUUCAGACUGCUUUUUGUGAAGUGCGGCUGUUGGCCAACACCAACGAAAGGUACACAGACCUGAUAUUGUGGGCUGGUGAAUGAGAUGGAUCGUUUCUUGGGCUUUGUCAAGCAGAUAAGAAGAUCAAGGAGAAGAAAAGGCAAAAAGUACCGACCAGAGGAGGAUUAUCAUGAGGGUUAUGAGGAUGUCUAUUAUUAUGCCUCAGAACACUUUCCAAAUGAGAGUCCAUAUACUAAAUCUGCAAACCAGACUAAACCACCUGAAGGAGCAUUGGCUGUAAGGAGACAGAGUAUUCCAGAGGAAUUCAAGGGCUCAACAAUAGUUGAAUUAAUGAAGAAAGAAGGCACCACUUUGGGCCUUACGGUAUCUGGUGGAAUUGACAAGGAUGGGAAACCAAGAGUGUCCAACCUUCGUCAAGGAGGAAUUGCUGCUAGGAGUGACCAACUAGAUGUGGGGGACUACAUCAAAUCUGUGAAUGGAAUCAACCUGACAAAGUUUCGCCAUGAUGAGAUCAUCAGUUUGCUUAAGAACGUUGGUGAGCGGGUUGUAUUAGAAGUGGAGUAUGAGCUACCACCAAUAUCUAUACAAGGUUCGGGUGUCAUUUUUAGAACUGUGGAAGUUACUUUACAUAAAGAAGGAAACACUUUCGGGUUUGUAAUAAGAGGUGGAGCACAUGAUGACAGAAAUAAAUCUCGUCCUGUUGUAAUAACAUGUGUUAGACCUGGAGGGCCUGCUGACAGGGAGGGUACAAUAAAACCUGGUGAUAGGUUGCUUAGUGUUGAUGGAAUUCGGCUUGUUGGGACAUCACACAGUGAAGCCAUGAGUAUCCUCAAACAGUGUGGGCAAGAAGCAACUCUGCUGAUAGAAUACAAUGUCUCAGUUAUGGAUUCGGUAACAACAGCUUCUGGGCCACUGCUUGUUGAAGUUGCCAAAACUGCUGGUUCUGCUCUGGGAGUUGCACUAUCUACCUCGAUGUGCUGUAGCAAACAAGUCAUUGUCAUAGACAAAAUAAAAUCUGCAAGUAUUGCGGACAGAUGUGGCGCAUUACAUGUAGGAGAUCAUAUUCUUUCAAUUGAUGGUACCAGCAUGGAGUACUGCACAUUGGCAGAAGCAACACAGUUCUUGGCUAAUACUUCUGACAAUGUCAAACUAGAGAUCCUUCCUCAUCAUCAGACACGGCUGGCUCUUAAGGGACCAGAACAUGUGAAGGUUCAAAGGAGCAACAGGCAAUUUACGUGGGAUCCCUAUGCCAACAGCCACAGUGGUGCCCUCACCUACCACCAUUACAACACCUACCAUUGCAGGAUGCCAGCUUUGAAGUGCCAGAAAACACUUCCUCAAAAAAACCUUCGUAAUGUUCCAUCACUGGUAUCUUCAUCCUUCUCUCCUGCCUCCAUGAGCGCAUACAGCCUGAGUUCCCUGAACAUGGGGACUUUACCUCGCAGCCUCUACUCUACCAGUCCACGUGGGACGAUGAUGAGAAGAAGGAUGAAAAAGAAAGACUUCAAAAGCUCAUUGUCACUAGCCUCUAGCACUGUUGGCCUAGCUGGACAGGUUGUUCACACUGAAACUACAGAAGUAGUGCUGACAGCUGACCCCAUUGUGGGAUUCGGGAUACAGCUCCAGGGUGGCGUGUUUGCUACUGAGACCUUGUCAUCUCCACCCCUGAUUUCCUAUAUUGAGGCUGACAGUCCAGCAGAAAGGUGUGGCACCCUACAAAUAGGAGACAGAGUGCUGGUUAUAAAUGGGAUCCCAACAGAAGACAGCACAUUUGAUGAAGCUAAUCAGCUUCUCAGAGAUUCAUCUAUCACCAACAAGGUCACUUUGGAAAUAGAAUUUGAUGUUGCAGAAUCUGUCAUACCAAGCAGUGGCACUUUUCAUGUAAAACUACCAAAGAAGCAUAAUGUAGAGCUUGGAAUCACCAUAAGCUCUCCAUCUAGUCGAAAACCAGGGGACCCUCUUGUUAUUUCAGAUAUUAAGAAGGGAAGUGUUGCUCACAGAACUGGAACAUUAGAACUAGGUGAUAAAUUGCUUGCCAUAGACAAUAUUCGACUAGACAACUGUUCCAUGGAAGAUGCUGUUCAGAUCCUGCAGCAUUGUGAGGACCUUGUAAAACUAAAAAUUCGCAAAGAUGAAGAUAACUCUGAUGAACAAGAGAGCUCAGGAGCAAUUAUUUAUACUGUCGAGCUCAAGCGGUACGGAGGACCUCUUGGGAUCACUAUUUCUGGUACUGAAGAGCCCUUUGAUCCCAUUAUCAUUUCAAGUCUUACUAAAGGUGGACUAGCUGAAAGGACAGGUGCAAUUCAUAUCGGAGACCGAAUCUUAGCAAUAAAUAGUAGCAGUCUGAAAGGAAAACCUUUGAGUGAAGCCAUACAUUUGCUACAAAUGGCAGGAGAGACAGUCACCUUGAAAAUCAAAAAGCAGACAGAUGCAUCAAGUCCCAAGAAGUUUUCUGCCUCGGGUCACUUAAAUGAACUGAGUGAUGCUGAAGACGAUACAGCCACCACACAGAAACCAGGCAAACUGUCAGAAAUAUACUCCACUACUGUCCCAAGUGUGGAUAGUGCUGUAGAAUCAUGGGAUGGCUCUGGAAUGGAUAACAGCUAUGGAAGUCAAGGUCCCAAUUAUCAGGCUUCAGGAUACAACUUCAAUACAUUUGAAUGGAGGAGUCCAAAACAAAGGGGCAGUUUGUCCCCUCCCAACAGGCCCAGAACCAAUCCCUUCCAUGAUGCAGGGCUAAGUGAUGAUGAAUGGGAUAAACCAGUAGCAAGCAGCUUUGCAGGUGCCCCCGAGACUGACCAGGAGGAAAAUUUCUGGUCUCAAGCACUGGAGGACUUGGAGACUUGUGGACAGUCAGGAAUUCUGAGGGAAUUAGAGGCAACAAUUAUGUCAGGGAGUACUGUUAGCCUGAACCAUGACAAUCCACAGCAUCGCAGCCAUCUGGGAAGACAAGCCAGCUUCCAGGAAAGAAGCACUUCCAGGCCUCAUUAUAGCCAGACGACCCGUAGCAAUACGUUGCCUUCAGAUGUGGGGAGAAAGUCUGUAGCUUUGAGGAAAAUGAAGCAAGAGAUGAAAGAAAUUAUGUCACCAACUCCUGUGGAGUUACAUAAGGUAACUUUGUACAAGGAUUCUGAUAUGGAGGACUUUGGGUUCAGUGUCUCAGAUGCCUUGUUGGAAAAAGGUGUAUAUGUUAAAAAUAUUCGGCCAGCUGGACCAGGAGAUGUGGGUGGAUUGAAGCCAUAUGAUAGACUGCUACAGGUAAACCAUGUUCGCACAAGAGACUUUGACUGCUGUCUAGUUGUGCCCCUCAUAGCAGAGUCUGGUAAUAAACUAGAACUUGUUAUUAGUCGAAACCCUCUGGCUUCUCAAAAGAUGAACUCAGAGCAACAGACUUUCCCAACUGGGGAAUGGAGUGAUCAAAAUAAGGCCUUCCUUCCACAAAGUGGACACAACACUGGUUCAGACAUGAAACGGGAACCUAUGAACACUUUAUAGCCAAAAACUGUGUUAGUGCAAGGCAUUUAAAUGGUGCUAAUCCCUUUCAGAUUUCUGUUACACUGAAGAUACAGCUGUGAUGUGGCAUUAAGAAGCACGGGGGGGUGUCCUGAUGAUUUCUCAAGGCUAUUUGCUACCAAAACACAUUUUGCUCUACUCUUGUUUUUAUUACCCAUCUAGUGUCAUUCCAAAUUGACGUUAAACGCAAGAUAAAUAGUGAAAGUGGCUGAUAUUAUGAAACAUUAGUGAAACAUUUAAAUAACAAGAUGGCUCUUUUCUCAAGAUUUUUUUAAAAAAGCUUUUCCCUGUAGAUAAUAACAUAGGAUUUGAUUUUCAGAACAUUACAAUUUAUUCAAAGACCAGUUGACGAAGGAAGUGAAGGAAUUUUGGAAUAUUGCUGCUGGACCCAGAAUACUGUGUCAGAGUAGUUGUUUUGAAAUGAAAUGUAGUUCUGUUGCUUCUGCUAUAAUGAAAAUGAGGGAAAGACAAAAGCUGUUAUGUGGUUUUACAACUAUUUUAGCAAAAGUACAAAAAGGCAUCUGAAGUGCAAAGGGAUAAAACUUUACUGCCCGGCUGUAAUAUGAUUUUAUUAGGAGUUAAAUUAUUCCCUAUGCAAUGAUGUACUGAACAGGAUGCGUCUUGCAGCCUGUAUGGACUUUUAGGUAUUUGGAACUUCUGAUAAAUUACUGGUUUUUAAAACAAGUUUUGGUGAAAUUAAAAAAAAACUUUUAUAAUACAUGUAUUCAAGUCAUUUUUUUUUUUAAUUGUGAACUAUAGUAGCAAAGAAAUACUGAUGCAAAACCAUAUGAACUGCCCAGUUUAGGGCAUAAACAAGUGAACUUGUAUAGUGACAAGGAUUUUUUUUAAAAUUAAAAUGAAUGGUACGUACAUUGGUCUAAAAUAGUCAUUUAAAUACACUUUGUUAGAUCUAGCUCAUAUUUGUCAAUUCAUUUUAAAAUUGUAAAUACAGUUUGCACACACACAAACACAUGCCCAAGUUCUCCCCCUUUUCCUGCUCAAAGCAAUAAAAUGCUAUCAGUUGCUUUCUAGGUUCACCAGCAGCUGCUUUGGUUUGAUUACUGUAUUGUCAUGGGAAUUAAUGUUACUUGGUGACUGGAAAGACACUGGAUUUGUCUAUUCUAACUGUAGAGUCUUCACCUCUUAAGUACCAAUUUUCCAUCUAUUUGAAUUGUUAAAAUAUCCCUAAUGCUGUUUUCCUUAAACCUGUUACAUGAACAUACAAGUGAAAUGUUUUAUUCGUAUUUCAGCACUGCCAGAGAAAAUUCAUUCAAAAUGAAAUUGAAAUCCAGAUCACAAAUCACUUCUUAUGUAUUUUUAUUUGUUAACAAAGGAGUAUUAAACUAAAGUAUU